AUGCAGUCUAGGGUACCGACAGUUCAGCAGUCCAAACCAUCGCAAACAGAGAUCCGACCAUGUCAAGGCGCCUCUGUCCCAGACGUGGUCGCUAUCGGUGAAGAACAAGAAUCUCUGGCAAAGUGGAAGGAACGAUGUGGCAUCAAGCCAGAGAAUCAGAUCAAGCUGGUGAAGUUGGCGCAUAUGCGCUAUCAACACCCUGAUCUUGAUUCGAUUACUGUCUUCCUCCAAGAUUUUGGUAUGAAAGUUGUCAAAAAGACAGAUGACGAAGUAUGGUAUCGAGGCUACGGGACAGAUCCUUACGUUUACUAUGCUCGCAAAGGGCCAAAGGCCUUUCUCGGAGGGACGUUUGAGGUGGAAUCGUACCCAGAUCUGGAAAGGGCGGCCAAUCUGCCCACAGGUAGCGCUAUCCAAGAAUUGAACGACGCACCCGGAGGAGGCUUCAUGGUCACCGUUAAAGAUCCAGAAGGCUUUCCGAUCAAUCUCAUCUACGGUCAGUCACCAGCAGCACCAGGUGAGUAUCCGUCCAAGCUCGUAGUCAACUACGAGUCAGACAAACCUCGCAUCCGUCACUUCCAGCGCUUCGUUCCCGGCCCUGCAGCCGUCCACAAGCUGGGUCACUUCGGCCUGUGCGUCCAAAACUUCCAGGAAAUGGUCACCUUUUACACGACAACCUUCAACCUUUUGCCGAGCGACUUCCUCUACGUUGAAAAAGAAGGGAAGAAGAAGAAUGUUGCUCUCUUUGCGCACAUCGAUCGCGGCGCGGGCUAUGUCGACCACCACAAUUUCUUCAUGAGCACGAAUCCCACCUCGCACGUGCAUCAUUGCUCAUUUGAAGUACAUGACUUUGACACGCAGAACCUGGKACACCAGUGGCUGGCGAAGAAGGGGUAUGAGCCUGUUUGGGGCGUGGGACGACACAUUCUCGGCUCGCAGCUGUUUGAUUACUGGUGGGAUACCACCGGGUAUAUGAUUGAGCAUUAUGCAGAUGGGGACCUGGUGAAUGAGGAGACGCCGAUCGGGUAUGGGCCUGCGGGUGAUGAAUCGUUGGCUGUUUGGGGGCCUGAGGUGCCCAAGUGGUUUUUGGACUAA